AUUUCCUCUGCUCGUAAAAUAAAAGAUGAAAUUAUCCCAUUUUCAAACUAGUUGACCGUAUAAACAAAACCAACUUGGUCAACCUCAACAAUUUCAUUGGUUAUUUCCCGGAAAUGUAUGAUACAGAUAUCAGGUUGACAAAUGCUGCUUCGGAACUACUCUUUCCCUGAUUUAAACCUUUUUUACAACUUUCUCCUAAUUCCAUCACAAUGAUCAGUAUGAAAUCCGGGAAGGGGAGAACUCCGGCAAUCGGAAUCGACCUGGGAACCACGUACUCAUGUGUUGGGUAUUGGAGACACGACCGUGUUGAAAUCAUUGUAAAUGAUCAAGGUAACCGCACAACUCCGUCCUAUGUAGCUUUCACCGAUACAGAGCGCCUGAUUGGUGACGCCGCCUUCAAUCAAGUGGCCUUCAAUCCCACCAACACCAUCUUCGAAUCUUUGCAUUGUAGAUGCUAAGAGGUUGAUCGGUAGGAGAUUUAGUGGUGAGACAGUACAUAGUGAUAUGAAGCUCUGGCCAUUUAAGGUCAUUUCUGGUGCUAAUGAUAGGCCGUUGAUUGUUGUCACCUACAAAGGUGAGGAAAAACAUUUCGCAGCUGAGGAAAUCUCCGCCAUGGUUCUAACCAAGAUGAAGCAGAUUGCCGAGGCCUACAUUGGAUCAGAAGUGAAGGAUGCAGUUGUGACCAUCCCUGCCUAUUUCGAUCAUUCACAGCGUCAAGCCACAAUUGAUGCAGGGGAAAUUGCAGGCAUCAAUAUUCUUUCUACUAUCAAUGAGCCGACAGCCGCUACAAUUGCUUAUGGCCUCGAAAAUAGCUCCAGCAUCACCGGAAAGAAGAGGACUGUUCUUAUAUUCGACCUCGGUGGUGGUACUUUUGAUGUCUCAAUCCUCACUGUCAAAAGUGGUAGCAUCGAAGUCGAGGCCACCGCGGGCGAUACUCAUCUUGGAGGAGAAGACUUUGACAAUAGAAUGGUAAACCACUUCAUCAAGGAAUUCAAGAGGAAGCACCACAAGGAUAUUAGUACAAAUCUCAAAUCAAUCCGGAGAUUAAGGACUGCUUGUGAGAGGGCUAAAAGAAUUCUUUCAUCUUGUGGCGAAACAAAAAUCGACAUUGACUCCCUGUUCCAAGGCAUUGACUUCUCCGCAACUAUCACCAGGCCUAAAUUUGAGGACAUGAACUCUGAUUUAUUCACCAAGUGCAUAGAGAUAGUCGAAAAGUGUUUGAUGGAUGCUCAAAUGAAUAAGAAUGCUCUCGAUGAUGUUGUCCUAGCAGGUGGUUCGAGCAGGAUCCCGAAACUCCAACAAAUGUUACAGGACUUGCUGAAUGGGAAGGAACUCUGUAGAAGCAUCAACCCGGAUGAAGCCGUGGCUUACGGUGCAACUAUUCAAGCUGCAAUGUUGAGCAGUCCCGGUGGCGAGAAGGUUCCGAACCUCGUACUUUCAGAAGUUACCCCGUUAUCUCUUGGUUUUGAACUUGGCGGAAACGUCAUGGAAGUUAUGAUUCCUAGGAAUACUACCAUCCCUACUAAGGUAAUAAGACAGUUUUCAACUUCGACCACGACUCACAAUGACCGUUCUGUGUGGCUUAAAGUGUUAGAGGGUGAGAGAACCAGAUCAACUGACAACAAUUUGUUGGGCCAAAUCAAGCUGGAUAACAUUCAAAUAGCCUCCAGUGGAGUCCCUCGAAUUGAAAUCUGCUUUGACCGACAAGUGAAUGGCAUCUUGAAUGUCUCAGUGAGAGAUAUAUAUACCGGCGUGGAGAACAGCUUUAGUAUCACAAGUGGGAGAUUAGCAAGAAAUGAAAUAGAGAAGAUGAUAAAUGCAGUCAACAAGUUUAAGGCAAGUGACGAGAAGCAUUGGAAGAGAUAUGAAGCACAUCGUGGGUUUGAGGACUAUGUUAGACGGAUGAGGCAAAACGUAAGCCACGGCAACCUGUCUUGCUCUGACAAAAAGAAGGCCGACGAUGCGAUUCAGAAGGCUUUUCAAUGGCUGGAAAAGAAAAGCGCCAGGAAGCUUGGUCAAGUAAGUGAAUAUGAAAAGAAGUUGAAGGAAUUGGACCAACUGAUAGGGAGAAUCGUUGAAGCAGAUCGGUGAACAAGAGCUGGGAUCACCAAUUGAAAUUUGAAGACUUUGAGUAAAAGACCAGUUUUUGUCUAAAUUGAUUAUUGUGAUUGAUCGCUCUUCUCUAUUUUCUGAUCACUGUGAAUUUGUGAUUCCUGAAGAAAGAAUUAAACAAGAGGGAAGAAGUAGAUUUAAACUUCAAAGGAAAGUGUAAACUCUUCAUUUUUACCCCUUUCUGGAUUGCCUUGGCUGACAUGAGUUAAAGAUUGUGUUGUACUACUGAUUAUUAUUAACUGAAAUUGAACUAAACCAAACACUACCAAUCAUAAUGAUUCACAUUCCAGGAUUCCACAACUGGAAUGAAGCUACGCACUGGUCUCGACAGCAGCUUCUUCUGAGGAAUGAACAGAGACUAUUAAUAAAGGGUUCGAUUCAUUUUGCUGAACAAAUUUCACUUAACUAGCAAUCACCAACACACUUCAUCAAUCAUCUCCAUUUUGGUUCUAUAAUACGGC